GCGACUUGCUUGGCUAUCGCGAUACUUCAGUCAUUAGUUCUCGCCCAUGCAUUAUACGGCAGGAAACCCCGUUCAAUCUUCCUUUCUCAACAUGGCACCGAAGGUGAAGAAGGAAGCUGUCCCGGCCAAGACUGAGGCCAAGUCAAAGGCCCUGAAGGCCAAGAAGGCUGUGCUCAAAGGCGUCCACAGCCAGAGGAAGAAGAAGAUCAGGACUUCUCCCACCUUCCGUCGCCCCAAAACCAUGCGUCUCCGCAGGCAGCCCAAGUAUCCUCGCAAGAGCGCACCUCGCAGGAACAAGUUGGAUCACUAUGCCAUCAUCAAGUUCCCCUUGACGACAGAGUCUGCCAUGAAGAAGAUUGAAGACAACAACACGCUUGUGUUCAUCGUGGACGUCAAGGCAAACAAACACCAGAUUAAACACGCGGUCAAGAAGCUGUACGACAUCGACGUCGCCAAAGUCAACACACUCAUCAGGCCUGAUGGUGAGAAGAAGGCGUACGUCCGUCUCGCACCAGAUUACGAUGCGUUGGAUGUUGCAAACAAGAUUGGCAUCAUCUAAACUGGCUGGAGAGACUUGUGGAAGAAUAAAUUUGUAUAAACUAAACCUGA